CCGUUCAUUCUCCAUCAAUUCCGACAAGAAUCGCUCACCUUUUAGAUGCCCAUAAAAUCUUUGCCAUGACAGGUUUAUAGCCAAAAUGUACCCUUGCGUUUCGAGUUAUUGGUCCUAGCAGGUUUGGUGUAGAAUCGACGGCUUUUAGAGGCUAAAGGUCGAUUUUGAGUGGUAAGGAGCCACUAUGGACAUCUCGUCUUACUUCCUUCCUUCGAAUGGAGGCGAAAGCAGAGGUUCGGAUAAGAAUGACGGCGACUACGUCCCAGCCAGCGGCAGAUCCACGAGAUGGGCGACUGCAAGGUCCAUAGGAGUGGAUCCGAGGGCUCUUUACGGCAAUAAACGGUACGAUGGUGAUGAGGAAUGGGUGUACAAACCGCGAAAGAGCCAGAGAAGAGCGCAGAUUGAAUUUGUAAACAGAGAAGAGAAGGAAGAGAGCGAAGAUGAGAUCACGCAGUCCAAUUCAAUGUCAGAAUCUGCAGUAACUAACAUUAUGGACACGAUUAUCAACGUUGCAAACGACGUAUUUGAAAAGUUUUUGAAAAAUAAUGGGCCUGGACUUCCAAUUACAACAACAAUAGAGGAGGAGCGAGAGUUUUACUACGAGCGUUCUCCGUCUUUGGAUGGGAAGACAAGGGAAUCCGAAGAUUUGGCACCUGGAAAUGAUUUAUUGACAGACUCUCUCACCGAUGGAGAGAAAAACGUAUCUGAAGACGUGUGUAGGACCGACGUCCCAGAAUACACUGGCACUCCAAAAGAGAGUAGCAAGCAUCGCAUUGUUUACGUAUCAAAUGAGAUUGAUGAAUUGUACGCACAUUGUCUCGAUUUGGGCGUUGAGGGUGGAAAAAUGACCAAAGAGGCACUAAAGAAUCGCCUCUCUUAUGUUCUCAUGAGGUACAUUCUUCUGAGGGGUGAUUAUUACUAUAAAAAUUUGGAACAUUUGAACAAUAUGAUAGAACUCAUGAAAUGUAAAAAUCACCCCUCGCCUUUUCUAUUGGAAAAGAUUGUGGAAAUCUACAAACACACGAUAGUGAUACACCUGGAAAAGUUGAGAGGCAUGAUUCCAACGAGUGUUAAGCGUGCAGGAGUUUUAGAUUUUAGAGCACUGAGAUCUCCUGAAUCUCAGAACGUCUCACUAGAACAAUUGAAGGAGAUUUUAACCGAGUUUAAUUAUGGUCAUUUUGUCAAGGCCGAGGAACAUGUUGCUAAAGAAUCUGAGGAAAAUGUUCAAGUUAAGAAUGAGCCAGUUUCCGAUCCAUUACCGCAACAAGAGCCUGUGACUAUUGUAAAGUUGGAGGAAACGGAAUCGGAUGAUAUUUUUGAUCAAGUCCUUGCCGAGGAUACCACAACUGCAGAUUUUUUGGUUCCCGAACUGGAAGAGAAUGUUCCUACACUCAUGGAGAAGCCGGACGUGAAUAUACAAGAGAAAAAUGAUACUACAAACAAAGAUAUUGCACACCAAAGUGACACGCACAGGGACCGAAAGGAAGAAGCCCUUCAACCUAAACAGGAGACUACAGAGACUCCAGUUCAACCACUUGCGCAUGUCAAGGCCGAAAAUAGUGGAAACAUUCAGAUACCAAAGAAACCUGCGUCUGCAGAUCCUCUCAAGAUUCCAAAAAAGCCAAAAGCUGUGACAACACUUGCAGACAUAAAGGGCGAGGCUGCAAAUGCAGUACAGACGAAACACUUUGGUUACAGACCACGGACUCACGAAGAUGACGAUGCUGACUCGUUUUCAUCAAUGAGUUCAGUAAAUGAUUAG